AUGUAUAUACACGAAUUACUAGAUGAGCCCAAAAGAAAAUUAUGCAAAAUUCUUGACAAAGAUGAUAAAUGGCUAGUGCUAGGAGGUGUUCACAUGAAGUAUGAUGUUACAGAUUUGGAAGAAAUAAAAAGGUCAGUAAAAGCGGGUGCAUCUAUUACUUCAGAGUUGCUAACUGUAUGGGGCCAUCAAAACCACACAGUAUUAGAGUUGUUUGUCUUACUCGGUCACAUGAAACAGUAUCAAGCAAUGAUGGUAUUAAAAGAAUUUGUUGAUAAAAUGUAUCAUAUACUCAUUAAAGACAGUGUGGAUGAAUUAAAUCCUGUCGUUCGUCAAAUGCUUCUGGAGAAAAAGAAAAUUAAAACAUUGAUUAUAGAAUACAUCCCAAUAACUAUAAUGGCGAUUCUGAGAAGAUACUGAAUACUAAACUAGUUCCACGGCUUCCAACAAUAGUAAGUGAUGAAAAUAAUGAAAGCAGUAAUUUGCAUCUGCCUAAAUCACCAGUUAAUUUGAUAAGAUCCAAAAUGUAUACAACCUCCGAUAUAUCAGUUGUAGCAGAGUCACUUGGGGGACUGCCAUCGCUUCCCUAUGAAGAAUUGCAGGCAUCUACUAACAAUUGGUGUGAAAGCACAGUUCUUGGAAAGGGUGGUUUUGGGAAAGUAUAUAAAGGAACUUGGAAGUGUACACAAGUUGCAAUUAAACGCCUCGACCAGAAAGAUAAAAAGGAAUAUGGAACAGAACAAAUAAAACAGUCAAUAACUGAGCUGCAUUGUCUAAAUGCUUACAGGCAUGAUAAUAUUCUGCCAUUGUAUGGAUACAGUAUUGGAGGUCCACAUCCUUGUUUGAUUUACCAGUAUAUGGCAGGAGGAUCUCUUGAUAAUAGACUUCGAACUAGAGAUCCUGAGAAAGUGUUAAAGUGGCCAUCAAGACUGAAUAUUGCUGUUGGAGUCGCAAGGGGUCUUCAAUUUCUACAUACGAAUAGAAUAAAUGGCAAACCAUUGGUUCAUGGAGAUAUAAAAUCGGCGAAUAUUUUAUUAGACCCUUGCAACCAACCACGCAUCGGAGAUUUUGGCCUAGCUCGUGAGGGUCCUCAGAGUCAAUACACGUACAUAAAGGUGAGCCGAAUCCAUGGUACUCGCCCCUAUCUACCAGAAGAAUUUCUAAGAGCAAAAAAGUUUUCCACCAAAGUCGACACCUACAGCUUUGGAGUACUGCUAUUCGAAAUCGCAACCUCAUUAUCGCCUCAUUCUGAACAUCGAGAGGAAAAGUUCUUGAGGGAUCAUAUUGUGAAUUAUCCAGGUGACAUUUUAGAGCUUAAAGAUAAACGCGUAGUGGAUUAUGACGAUCGCUUUAAAGAGAUACUAGAGAUAGGUAAGAUGUGUGUAAAAAGGUGGGCAAAAGAAAGACCGAAAUGGUUGCUGUACUGAUAAUGUUGGAGAAAGUAUCUCUAGUGGAAUAA